AUGGUGCGAAAACUGAAAGUGCACGAGCAGAAACUGCUCAAAAAGACGGAUUUUAUGACGUGGCAAGUGGAUCAGCAGGGACGGCAGGGCGAUAUGCUGAGAAAGUACGCAACAUGUAUUUGAAACUUGUUUUUCAUUUAAUUCGACAUUGUGCUCCAUCUGAGCUGUUUUUCUGCAACAAAAUGAGGCUACGCCGAGUCGGAACCCGUUACAACAUGACUUUUCGUAGCAAGAACCACCUGAUAGGUUCUGAUUGGGGGUAGCGUCAAAAAAUGUAUGCAAAUCAACAAGUUUCGGUCAAUCAACUUGUUUGCAGAUUCCACGUGACGAAACGCGAGCACUACUCUCUCUACAACACUUUGGCUGCGCAGGUAAUGUUUUAAAACAUGUUCUUGUCUAGUUAAACAAUUUCGCUAUCUGGAAACACUGUUUCUAAUCAGUUUAUUCUAAUCUAAUCUAAUAGAUUGCAGAGUCGCGAGCUGGCCGAAUUGAUCAAGAACCUUCCGGAGAAGGAUCCGUUCCGAGCCAAGUGCACCGAGGAAGUGCUCACGAAAUUCUACGCAGCGGGGCUCGUUCCCACCGGAGACACCCUCGAACGCGUCGGAAAGGUGAGAAAGCGAAAGAACAGUCACGAAAUUUCAAAUCUCGGAAACUUAAGUUAGCUAUUGCAAGUCGGAAAACGUAAUUUUUGAGCUUAUGACAAUAUAAACCCGGGGCCACGAUAAGUCUAAUAAACAUAGCUUGAAUAGGCUUCAAAAAUGCCUGAACUUUUACAAAUCUAAAUCCCGAUUGCAGGUCUCCGGUGCGUCUUUCGCCCGCCGUCGUCUGCCGGUGGUAAUGCGCAACAUCGGAAUGGUGGAGAGCGUGAAGACGGCUUCGGACCUCGUGGAACAGGGACACGUGCGGAUCGGCACGACGCUAGUAACGGACCCGGCGUUCAUGGUGACGCGCGCCUCGGAGGACAUGAUCACGUGGACGAACGCGUCGAAGAUCAAGCGGCACGUGAUGGACUACAACAACUCGCGCGACGACUUCGACCUCAUGGACUGA